ACAGCAUUUUCACGAUGAAUCAUCUGAAGGCAGUCCUGAUCGAUGAUCCUUGAUUUGUCAAGUACUCGUAUUAUUGCGUUCACUUCAAAAUUUGGUCUCGCCCCUAGGAUACUAUGCGAGCGACUACAGGUCAAGGUUAGGUGACUCGAACAGGUCAUCGUCGAUCGGUACCGUCAAGCAAAGUUCUCUACUGUGGGAAAUCCGACGCCCGGAAAACCCUUUGAUCAUUUCAUGACUGUUGCACUGACGGCAGCAACCUGGGUAUAAAUAAGAGGUCGAGUACUGAACGAAAUGUCACUCACAACCUCCAUCACUUCUCAAAGUCGUUCUAUCAAUCUCAAUGGCUCCAAUCGGCUCUCUCUGGGGUGUUUCUUAUCAACGUCAAACCAAAUAUAUAUUGAGCACUGCUGCUAUCGCAGGCCUCGAAUUGGAUGUUAAGCCUUUCGAGUUCGGCGUCACCAACAAGUCACCUGAAUUUAUUACCAAAUUCCCUCUUGCAAAAAUUCCUGUCUUUGAGGGCGAGGAUGGAUUCACUCUUCUAGAGGGUGCCUCUAUUGCACGCUAUGUUGCAUCUCUGGCCCCUGAGUCUAGGCUUCUUGGAAACAGUAUCAAAGAUGCUGCGCUAGUCGAUCAGUGGAUCCACUUUGCAGAGCACGAGAUCAACAUGUACAGCGACUACAUAUGGCAGAUGGUAAAGCGCUUCUUCCCAGAGAACGCCUACAGUGAAAGCGUCCAUAAAUCUAUAUUCGAACGCCAAGAGCGCUCACUCAAGUUCCUUGAACAAAACCUCAGCGUUCGCGAGUUCCUUGUCACUGAUGAGAUUACACUGGCGGAUAUCGUUAUAGCUGCCGUCAUCCAACGUACCGGCCGAGUGACUCUCGGUGCUGCUGAACGAGCAGUCUACCCGAAUGUCUUUGCACACUACGCGAGGGUGGCAGGUGAUCCUCGCAUUAGAGAUAUUUUCGGGGCAGCGGAAUUUGUUGAAGUGCCCUUAGCACCCACGAAAGAUGAGUAGACUAUGUGUGGAGGGAUCAAAAGACAAUACUAUACCUCGCGCGAAACUUCCGUCGUUUGAUAUACUUGUUGUAACAUGAGUCUGCAAGCUGAUUGUCGUUUAUAUAUCUUUUUAUCAAAUCGCUAUCAAGGACGACUGGCCAGUACAUACCUGCUAACAGCCUGGCAAGUGGAACCACACCUAUGUAGUCAUCGCCGCUCGUCUCGCCAAUUGUCCGUCCCGAUCAAUCCCC